AUUUUUAUUUCUUUUGAGUACCUAUGUCCUGCUAUGUCCUUUCAACAAUCAAUAAUUAAAUUGAUCUAGUUAUAUUAUUCUUUUUUAUAAAAAUAUCUUUUAUUUUGAGGUCAAGAACGAUCGGUCCCGAAUCCCAAUGUGCAACACGAACGUCACCCGAAACGAAAAGAAGGGCGAUGUUAACAAGUUAGACAGCUGUCGUUCCGUUUUCAGCUGAUUUUUGUGUACGCUUUGAAUACCUAAUAUAGAGUCGAGCGUAUCAGAAAGUCGUCCGUCUGGGUCGUGUUUUGAGUUAAGUUUCGUUAAAUAAGCGAAAAGGAGACGCAGCGCAGGGGAACAAUCGAGAACCGUUUAGCAGCGAACAAAGGGAGAUGGUCCAUUGAGCGCGGGCGGCGGGUAGCGGGCGUGACGUCACGCCGCGACGAGGCCGAUGCGGCGGGGAUCGUGACCGGAGGCGCGCGUGCACGCGCAGCGGAGCGGGCCAGCCUGGCCUCCAGUGACUCCGGAGACGAGGGCCAACGGCCGCCGCGCAAGCGGUCGCGCAGGCUGUCGCCGGAGCCGACCAUGCACCAGCCGUGCGCGAACGGCGCGCACCACAAUGGGGACGCCGCUCGCAACGGCGACCUGGCCCCGGGCCUUCGCAUGCCCACCACGGACCAGGAGAUUGUCCGACUCAUCGGGCAGCAUCUGCUCUCCGUUGGACUCGAACGCAGUGCCACGCUCCUCAUGGAGGAGUCUGGCCUGCACCUGGAGCACCCGGCCGCCGCCACGUUCCGGCAGCACGUGCUGGCCGGUGACUGGGUGAAGGCGGACCACGACUUGCGGGCCUUGCACGAUCUGCUGCGGGAUUCGCCCCACCAGGACCCGCAUAACCUUGCUGAAAUGAAGUUUGUAGUACUGGAACAGAAGUACCUCGAACAUCUGGAAGCUGGGCGGGUGCUGGACGCACUCCACGUGCUGCGGAACGAACUGACCCCGCUGCAGUACGACACCCCACGCGUCCAUCGGUUAUCGGCUCUCAUGAUGUGCGCUGAUGCUGAAGAGCUUCGGUCCAGGGCGCAGUGGCCUGGAGGCACUACGUCUCGAGCAGCUGUUUUGGCUCGAGUCCAAGCUGUUCUUCCACCAGCUCUGAUGAUGGCACCGGGAAGACUUCGGUCUCUCCUUGCUCAGGCUGCAGCAUACCAAGCCCAGAGGUGUCGUUUCCACGCUGCGCAACGACCAACACCUGAACAGAAUGGCGAUCACAUACCUUUCUCGCUGUUAGCUGAUCAUCAGUGUUCUGCUGAUCAGUUCCCCAUACAUCCAUUACAGGUUUUGAAUGAACACUGUGAUGAAGUAUGGUACUGUAAGUGGUCGCCCGACGGAUCGAAGUUAGCAUCCGGCUCGAAGGACCACACCGUCAUGAUAUGGGACUUCGACCCUGUGGCCAGGAGACUUUCAUUUAGAAAAUCCCUAGAAGGCCAUUUAUAUGGUGUGUCAUACCUAUCGUGGAGUCCAGAUGGCCGUUACCUCAUCGCCGCCGGCCCCGAAGACUGCCCCGAUCUCUGGAUAUGGAAUAUGGAGACGGAGCAGCUGCACCUGAAGAUGACGCACUCCCAAGAGGACUCGCUGACGGCGGUCGCGUGGCACGCCAGCUCCGACAAGUUCGUGUGCGGGGGCGCCCGGGGACAGUUCUACCAUUGCACUCUUGAUGGCACACUAAUAAACAACUGGGACGGCGUCCGCGUGAACGCACUAGCUUGCCGCGCGGACGGCACCGUGCUGGCCGCCGACACGCACCACCGCGUGCGCGCGUACGACUUCGCCGACCUCACCGACCGCAACCUCAUCCAAGAGGAGCACGCGGUGAUGGCGAUGUCUCUGAACGCGGCGGACACGCUGCUGCUGCUCAACGUGGCCAACCAGGGCGUGCAUCUGUGGGAUAUACGAGCCCGUGCGCUGGUGCGUCGGUUCCGCGGUCUGUCGCAGGGCCACUUCACCAUACACGCGUGCUUCGGCGGCGCCCACCAGGACUUCAUCGCGUCCGGCAGCGAGGAUAAUAAGGUGUACAUCUGGCAAAUGGAGCGGGAGGAGCCAAUAGCAGUGCUCUCCGGGCACACGCGUUGUGUGAACGCGGUGGCCUGGAACCCCACGCACCUCGAUGUGCUGGUCUCCGCGUCUGAUGAUUACUCACUGCGUCUCUGGGGACCUAGGGACCCUAGGGUCUAGAUUACAAGAACACAAUCGACCCUAGGGUCUAAACUUCAAGAACACAAAAUGGACCCUAGGGUCUAAAUUCCAAGAACACUAACAGAAAUUGAUAUAUGUUUCAAGAUAAUCAAACCAUUGUGAACUUAAUUAUGUCUCAAAUUACAAAAUUAAUAAAAAUCUGGAUAUUUAAACCAAUAUCCUUUAGGAUUCAAUAAAAUAAAACAAUUUGAAAGUUAAAAUCUUAAUUCGUAAAACAUGAAACCUCAGAUAACUAACUUCUACACCAAAAUAAUUGUAAACUCUUUGUUGAGUAAAUAAAAAAUACCCUCAAAAAAAAAAAUAUUAAAAACGUUUUAAUUCGGCCAUGAUGGAAAUUCAUCGUGAUUUGUAGUUUUUCACAUAUAAAAAGAUUGAUAAUUUAUUCGUAACGUAAUACACAUUUAAAUUACGUAAAAAAAAGAAGCAACAUUUUUUAUUUGACUAAGAAUCGAAAAACUUUUUAGGGAUAUCUGGUACAAAGGUACCUUGUUGAGCUGUUAGAUUUUUUUUUAAUUUGAUUUCGUGAGUUGUUUAAAAUAUAAGGGUUGUGAAGACGAGGUUGCACGUCUCGAUGGUUCGCGAUAUGAAUUAUAUUUCAAAAAAUUGAAAUAAUUAUUAUUCCCUUAAUAAAUUAUAUCUAAAGAACGUAUACUGUUCAAAGUUUGGAUACGAUUGUCGAAUUAUUGUGCAAUAGUUAUAUAGUGCAAUAACAUUGGGAUAUUAAUACUUAAAAGAAAAGUAAGUUUCAACUUGAAAUAUAGAACAAAAUCUAUUUUUCUCGGAUGGGUAACUACUGAAUACUUUUGGCGGCUUUUGCAGUGGUACGUAAAUGGAGAAGACAGACUGACGCCAAGACUAUUUGCUUUAAAUUAUUAUUCAAAGAUAACCUUAUAUACAGUUGAUGUUUUGUGUUCAGUCUGUCCAGGAUUUGUAGUAAUUUUUUUUUGUACUUUUAACGUUUUAUUUUUUUCACUACGAAUUUUGACGUUAAUCAAAAUGUUCAAAAUAUCGCUCUUAUAUAUUUUUUAUUAUUUAGGGUAUAUCUGCAAAAGUUGUCACAAAUUCAAAGCUGAGAACAUCAAUCAUAAAGUGUCAUAUUUAUGGAGUGUGAUGUUACAAGGAGAGACGGGCGCGAAGGGUAGGGAGGGACGCACUGAGUAGGUUAUAUGCUAGAAUAUACACACAAGUCCAUAUAAAAACAUUAACUUAUGUUAAAGGCUUAGUAGGACAAGAAAAAAACGUCCUAUGGUCCAUAAAGGAUCACUUACAUAAAAAUUAAACCUUUUUUUUCGACCAUUAUUUAUAGAUUAGCAUAAUUAGAAAUAGGCUAUUAUAUUUAGUAAUUUAAAGGUGACUUUAAAAUAAAAUAGGUUAUUAUAAAGACUGUUUAUUGGGCGCGUUUACAUAUUAUUUAUUAGCUUCUGAUACAGGCCUGUCGUGUGUGUUGCUUAUAGAGAUGAGUUUUCUAUUUCAGUUCUCACAAAUCGUGAAAACUUACAAAGAGUAUCCUCAAGUACACUAUUCAACACGCACCGACUUAAAACGAUAAACUGUCUUAAUUUGGCGCCAAUUUAUAACCACAGACUAUCAAACUGCUUGAAAUGUCGCAAGUUUCUACAUGCCUGGAUAAAUUAAUUUAAGGGUAUGCCUCCUCUAUCCUUUGCUCCGAUCUAUAAUAACUAUAUAUUUAAGACUUUAUAUUAAGACUUAAUUAUAAACAGAGGUAAUUUAGUAGGACGCCGAGAGCGUCACUAUUUUUAUACCGACCAUAGAAUCUCUCAGGAGAUCGUCUUAGUUACUGGAUCGCUACACGUGACUGACG